GAGAUUUUGCUUUUUAAGCCUAUGUUGGAAUUACUGAAAGGGUUCGUAGAAAAAAAACUUUCUCAAAUAUUUACAUUUAGAUUAAAAUAAAAACUAAACAUACUGAGGAAAUUUAAUAUUGUCAGUUAACAUACUUUUUUAAUUUCAGUGCAAGACUUAGUUACAACAGAGUAGCAUACGCGUGAAGGUUCGUUUUAGAGAGCUGCGCGUGCGAAAUUAAUCCACAUUUGAGCUCCAAACUCUACUCAAAAUUCGCCUUAUUUUUUGAUGGCAAGACCGAAUAAUGCCUCUUUAGCAUGGCUGUCUUUUCAACUCAUGCCACCCGUGAACCGACAUGGCAUUUAGCCGCGUCUUUUCGGAGCCUCCGUCCAAGAGCAUCUUCAAGACAUUCGCGGUCAUGUUUCUGUCAAUACUCGCAUCUUUAUACUUUAUACACUAUCUCGCGGACCGAUGCGGGACCUGUAUACCCACCGAGAAGAGACAGACAGGUCCGGUCGAGGGAUUAUACGCCUCCGAAAUAAAAGAUUUUGGCUCGUUGAGGAGAAAGAGGCUUCUUCAGAAAUGGACAUCCACGAAACCUCUGGUGAUGAGACGCGAAAACUUGAUCAGCCGGCUAGAGGAUGUCGAUGAAGAGGAGUUGCCUGAAUUUGAGGGACAUAAACGGACGGUGUUAAACUCCUUGGAUGUAGAUUUGGAGGCAGGUGGCUCGUAUUUUACCAGUAAAUUAAGUUCGUUGGGUGAAGGCAGUAAGAAGCUGCCUCAGGCGAUCAUCAUCGGCGUGAAGAAGGGCGGGACGCGCGCGCUGCUGGAGUUUCUGCGCGUGCAUCCAGAUAUCCGAGCGGUCGGAGCAGAACCGCACUUUUUCGAUCGUAACUAUGACAACGGACUGGACUGGUACAGAGACUUGAUGCCCAAGACCCUAGAGGGCCAGAUCACCAUGGAGAAAACCCCAAGCUACUUUGUGACGCGUGAGGCUCCGGCCCGGAUCUACGCCUUGUCCCAUGACACCAAGCUGAUCGUGGUGGUCCGGGACCCCGUCACACGAGCCAUCUCCGACUACACACAGACAUUGUCCAAGAAGCCUGACAUUCCCACCUUCGAGAGCCUGACGUUCAAAAACAGGACUACAGGGUUGAUCGACACCUCAUGGAGCGCAAUUCAGAUCGGCAUCUACGCCAAGCACCUGGACAACUGGCUGCAGUAUUUCCCAAUGGAACAGAUUUUAUUUGUCAGCGGAGAGCGUCUGAUCACCGACCCGGCCGGAGAGUUGGGCCGCGUGCAGGACUUCCUGGGCCUGAAACGAAUCAUCACAGACAAACACUUUUACUUCAAUCAGACCAAGGGCUUCCCAUGUCUUAAGAAGGCCGAGGGCAGCAGCAAACCCCAUUGCCUGGGAAAAACCAAAGGGCGGACCCACCCAAACAUUGACCCUGAGGUGGUGCAGAGACUUAGAGACUUCUACAGACCUUUUAACAUGAAGUUCUACCAGAUGACUGGCAGGACGUUUGGAUGGGAUGAUUGACAAGUCAUGAUGAACAAUAAUAAGCCACUGACUGUUUGAAAGAAUUUGAAUUAAAAGCAGUCUUAUCUUUACACCUACAAGGGAGAUACAACCUCAAUGUGACCUCACCGGCUACAUGAAUAUAUACCAUCUCACCAUAACACUUACAGUCUUUGCAAAAACCCCAAAGUGGUUUUAAGUGGCUAUGGUGAAACGUUUAGAUCCAUGUACUGUAGAGAAAAUGCUAAAGAGAUUUGAAGUGAUUUUCUCCUGGAACUAUGCAUCAUCUCUCAUAGGGACUGGGAAUUAUCCACUGCUGGGUGUCUGGGAUUGAAGAUCAAACCUUCUGCCAUAUUUAAUGUAGCUGUUUACAUACUUUUGCAAUCAUUCUAUAAAGGUAAAUAAAUGUAUUUUGUAAAGUUAUUUAUUCAUAAACAUGUGAACAUAUACAGUUGACCUAUUUUGAAUAAUCUUAGUACCUCUCUUCACUUUUGUUGCUGAAAGAAGGGGCAAUUUCUUACAACUCAAUGCCUUUUGUAAAACAUGCAUGAGGUCUACAUUUAAAAUGUAAAUGCACCUGGUUGUUUUUUUAUUUUACAAUUAAUAUUUUACAAUUAUAAAUAUUUUGGUUGGAAAAGAUGGCAAAGUCAUUUCUAGAAUAUCUCAAAAGUCAAUAAAUCAAGGAAUAUGGC